AUGUCGACUACAACCAACGAGGUUGCAGUUGCUCCUCCACCUUACGGAAAUGACACUUCCGUCGAGCAUGUUGUCGUGACGGAUGAGAAGAAGGCUCUUGAUAUGGACAAGGAGAGCGGCCUGCCUACUGCCGAUGGCGAGGAGCCCACCGAGGAUGAGAAGCGUUCCCUUCGUCACAUCGCGGAGCACCUGCCUAUCUCCGCCUGGUUGGUGGCCAUCGUUGAGCUGUGCGAGCGAUUCACCUACUACGGCAUGUCGGGCAUGUUCCAGAACUACGUUCAGCGUCCAUUGGAUGGUAGUGAGGGACGUGGUGCCCUUGGUAUGGCUCACCAGGGUGCUACUGGAUUGACCACUUUCUUCCAGUUUUGGUGUUAUGUCACCCCUAUCCUUGGUGCUAUUGUCGCUGAUCAAUACCUUGGAAAGUACAAGACUAUUGUUUGGUUCUGUUGUAUCUACUUGGUUGGUCUUUUGAUUCUGGUCUGCACUUCUAUCCCUACCGCCCUGGAACAUGGUGCCGGUUUGGGUGGUUUCAUCGUGGCCAUCCUCGUUAUUGGUCUGGGAACUGGUGGUAUCAAGAGUAACGUUGCUCCUCUGAUUGCUGAUCAGUACAAGCGCAAGAAGAUGGCCGUCACUACCACCAAGAAGGGCGAGCGCGUCAUCAUUGACCCAGCCCUGACUAUCCAGCGUAUUUACAUGAUCUUCUACGGAUGUAUCAAUGUUGGUUCGCUGUCUCUUCUGGCCACUCCUUACAUGGAGAAGUACAUUGGCUUCUGGUCCGGUUACCUCCUGUGUCUGUGCAUGUUUGCCGUCGGUACCCUGGUCCUCCUCUUGGGACGUAAGUACUACGUCGUUCGCCCACCCCAGGGUUCUAUCAUCACCGAUGCCUUCAAGGCCUUGUGGAUGAUGAUUGUCAACCGCAACAUGGAUGCUGCCAAGCCCAGCUGGCAGCGUGAGAACCGCAACUCCGAGGCUGCCUUGCCCUGGGAUGACCACUUCAUUGACGAGCUUAAGCGUGCGCUUGUUGCUUGCCGCGUUUUCGCUUUCUACCCCAUCUACUGGGUUGUCUACGGCCAGUUCUCCAGCAACUUCGUUACCCAGGCCGGCCAGAUGACAGGUCACGGAAUCCCCAACGAUCUGAUGCAGAACUUCGAUCCCAUCUCCAUUAUCGUCUUCAUUCCUCUCCUCGAGACCUUCGUGUACCCUCUGAUGCGUCGUUUGAACAUCCCCUUCCGUCCCAUCACCCGUAUUGCUCUCGGCUUCGUCGUUGCCUCCCUGGCCAUGAUGUACGCCGCCAUUGUGCAGCACCUGAUCUACUCCGCCGGUCCCUGUUACGGAAACCCACUCUGCGCCGCCUCCGAAGUGGACGGCUCCGCUACUGGUAACAAGGUGCACAUUGCCAUUCAGACUCCCGCCUACGUCUUCAUCGGCAUCUCUGAGAUUUUCGCCUCCGUGUCUGGUCUGGAAUACGCCUACACCAAGGCUCCUCCCUCCAUGAAGUCCUUCGUCCAGUCGAUGUACCUGCUCACCAACGCCUUCGGUUCCGCCUUGGCUGAGGCUCUUACCCCCGCUGCCUUCGACCCUGCCAUCAUGUGGAUGUUUGUCGCUCUGGCUUGUGCCUCAUUCAUUUGCGGUAUUGUCUUCUGGUUCACUUUCCACCACCUGAAUGCCCAGGAAGAUGAUAUGAAUGCUUUGGAUGCUGAUGAUGAUAUGCCCGAGGAGCCUCUUCAAGCUGAGGAGCGCCGUGAGUCGAAGCAGUAG